UCUUCCCCGGCCUCGGCCUCGGCGCCGCCGCGCGCCCCGGAGCUGGCGAGGCUGCGCGAGGAGCAGGAAAAGGUGGUCACUAACUGCCAAGAGAAAAUCCAGCAUUGGAAGAAGGUAGAUAAUGACUAUAAUGCCCUGCGAGAAAGGCUCAGGACCUUGCCUGAUAAGUUGUCUUAUAAUAUCAUGGUACCAUUUGGCCCCUUUGCCUUCAUGCCAGGAAAACUCGUCCACACUAACGAAGUCACUGUUCUACUUGGGGACAACUGGUUUGCGAAGUGCUCAGCAAAGCAGGCCGUGGGUUUAGUUGAGCACCGGAAAGAACAUGUAAGAAAAACAAUAGAUGAUUUAAAAAAAGUGAUGAAAAAUUUUGAAUCCAGAGUUGAAUUCACAGAAGAUUUGCAGAAAAUGAGUGAUGCAGCAGGGGAUAUUGUUGACAUAAGAGAAGAAGUUGAAAGUGACUUUGAGUUUAAAGCAAAACACCGAAUUGCUCAUAAACCUCAUUCCAAACCAAAAACUUCAGAUAUUUUUGAAGCAGAUUUUGAAAAUGAUGUAAAAUCCAAAGACUUGCUUGCUGAUAAGGAGCUGUGGGCUCGGCUUGAAGAGCUGGAGAGACAAGAAGAAUUGCUGGGUGAACUCGAUAGUAACCCUGAUGCUGUGAUUGCAAAUGGGGAAGAUGCAGCGUCUUCCGAAGAGGAAAAGGACGAUGGAAACACGCGUGUGGAUGUGGCGCAUCAAGGAGCAGCCCCUCUCACUCUCGGCAGUCGUCACGAGGAGGGGACGAGUGCACAACUGUUCAGUGGUCACACGCAUACUCAGUCGAACUGUUCCGUGAACGGUUCAAAUUCCUAUCACAGUCACGAAGAUGAUGAUGACGAUGACGAUGGUGAUAAUGACCAUGAUGCUUUCGGGGUUGGAGAUGAUUCUGUACCAACGAUAUACUUUUCUCACACUGUUGAGCCCAAGAGGGUCCGAAUAAAUACUGGAAAAAACACCACUUUAAAAUUCAGCGAAAAGAAAGAAGAAGCCAAACGCAAGCGGAAGAGCAGCUCUGGCAGUGGCCACUCUGCCCAGGAGCUGCCCGCGAUCAGGACUCCCGCUGACAUUUACAGAGUCUUCGUUGAUGUCGUGAACGGAGAGUACGUCCCUCGCAAAUCCAUCCUGAAGUCCAGGAGCAGAGAGAACAGCGUGUGCAGUGACACCAGCGAGAGCAGCGCCGCUGAACUCGAUGACCGACGGGGUGUUUUGCGGAGCGUCAGCUGCGAAGAAGCCACUUGCAGUGACGCUGGGGAGAACAUUCUGGAAGAGGAGCCACAGCAAGGAAAUCAUCAAAAGAAACUUCCGCCCUUAUCUGGAACACAUGAGGCUUUUUCUGGAACUGUAAUAGAGAAAGAGUUUUUGUCGCCCUCCUUAGCACCGUACCCAGCCAUAGCGCACCCCGCGCUCCCCACCAUUCCAGAACGGAAAGAAGUUCUGUCAGAAGCAUCAGAAGAAACUGUAAAGAGGGUUUCAAAGUUCAAAGCUGCCAGAUUGCAACAGAAAAACUAG